GAUAUUACCGAUUUUGACGGGAACAGGAGAUGCCAGCUCGACAGAUGAAGGGUCGGAUCAUUUUCGCCCUGCGAUGCGCUAAAGCUAGCCCACAGUGUCGUGUCCACAGAGUCAUACCUCCAGUCGCCACUUCUUGACAGCCAGGUGGCUCUUGACAACAGAGAUGUUACACAAGGCGUGCAUCGUGCAGAUUUUCUGCGCAGCAAUUCUCCCAUGUUCUUGGCAAGACAGCGCCGGUUCGCACCGUGGACAUCUCGCGGGCUUCGAGAAGCAAACUCUACUUCAACAACAACGCAUCAUCGCCUGCUAUAGAUAUGUGAAAAUGUUCUCAUGUGUGAGUAUAUAUGCUUGUCGUCCUCCCGUCAAGACCACUCGGACUCCCAACAACAAACGCGGCAAUCACGAUACAUCGCGCUUACCUACUUUUCCGCCAAUGCGACUAUCGCGUCUAUUCGGCCAUUCGCAUUUCGUCGUCACAAUGGCGCGCUACCAGAGACACACCGCUCUGUCGAUGUUGAAACGAUCCGAAUGUACAGCAACCGGAUCUGGUUUGAUGACUAAUCCCACUAUCGGACGCCCACAGGCGCAAUAACAAAUGCGUGUGCAUAUCACGAAUGUCACUCACAGAUGUUGAGUAGAUAAGAUACACUCCGGGAUUUGGGCAACACUUUCGGCGCUGAUAACAGAAUGGAACAUUGGUCCACUAUGAAGCGUUGACGGUUAUGUUUGUGCAGACAUUGCAUCGACUCUCCUUCAUUCA